AUGAAUCAAUCUAACGUUGGCCUUCUUGAUUUACCGAAUGAAAUAUUACUUAUUAUUUUAAAAAAGCUCGACAAUAUGGAUGUUCUUUAUUCAUUAUUGGAUGUUGAUAAUCAACAACUUGACAUUAUAGCUCAAGAAAAUAUUUUCUCUAAUACUCUCAAUUUUGUAUUAACAACAUUUAGUAAUGAUAUUUCUUCGAUUAGUUAUACAAUAGUUGAUCGAUUUUGCACAAAUAUUUUGCCAAGAAUUCAUCACAAUGUUAAAUCUCUUAUUCUUGACUCAAUAUCUAUAGAACGUAUUCUUUUUGUUGCUGAAUAUCCUAAUCUAACUGAACUUAAACUCUUUAAUUUUAAUAAUAAAAUUGCUUCACGUUAUUUUACAGAUAAAGGACCAUUUAGAGAUAAUUUUCGACGACAAAUUACAGAUCUUACUCUUGUAUUCAAAAGGUGUCUUAAUGAAACAUUAGCACAUUAUUCAAUAAAUAUGUAUGGAUAUAUUAUGAAAUUCUUCGAAAAUCUAAAACAUUUAUCUAUUAUUGGAUCAUCUCUCUGUUGUUUUCCACGUACAGUAUAUUAUAAUUUAUCUUCAACCAUCUUCUCCUCUUCAAUUCUUAACAAAUUACGUAUUCGUGUGAGAAAUUAUGCAGAUUGUCUUGCUGUACUUGAUGGUCGUUUCAAACAAUUAAGAAUCUUGAUUGUUGAUAUUAUUAAUUUGCGACUUUAUUUAUCGGAUGUAUACAAUAUGGAUGAUCUACCUAAUUUAAAAUGUUUCUCUUUAACAACAACGUCUGAGUGCUAUGCUGAUUUGUAUAAUACUAAAAUACUACCUCUUUUUCGUCGUAUGUCAAAUCUUGAAGAAUUAACUUUGUAUCUUACUAUCAAAAUGGGAACUUCAUUUAUUGAUGGUACUCACAUUUAUAAUGAAAUUCUUUCCCAUGUGCCACAACUUCAUAUAUUCAACUUUUGUAUUUGUACUGAGAUUAAAACGGAUGAUUUUGUUCAUCAUUUAUCAAAAGAUGAUAUUCAAGAAACUUUUCCUAACACAAUAUAUCAAAAAGUGGACUGUAUGGUACAAUACGGAGAUUGUCAUGCUGUAUGUCAUGUUUUUUCAUUACCGUUCAUGUUUGAUUAUCUCGGAUAUAUUGGUAAUACAUUUCCAAGUAUUAUUUUCAGUCAUAUUAAAAGAUUGACGGUGUCUGAUGGAGCUGCAUUUGAACAUGAAUUUUUCAAUCGGAUUGCUUGGUCUUUUCCUUUACUUGAACAUUUAUGUGUUAUUAAUUUUAUGUCACCGUCACAAAUAUCAAAACAAUUGAACUCUAAUAAUAAUCAAUUAAAUUCAAUUGUUAUAUAUCCACAUCUUAUUUGGCUUUGUAUUGAAAGUUCUCUUAUUGAUUAUGUCGAGCAAUUUCUCAAUGAGACAAAACACAUCUACCUUCUCUAA